AUGCUCCGACCCCCAAACACUUACGUCCCCACAUGUGCUGCUAGCUACACCCGGCUCAGUGCUCCUCCUCGUUGCGCAGCUGUAGACCCAGUCCGCGGACCUCAUGACUUCAUCCUGGUGCUGUCAGAGGCAGACCCAGCAUUAUGUCUCUGCUCGGGCUCAAUGGGCUCUUUGUUCCGGGCCUUGGCUCCGGAGAGGCUCAGCGUGGGGCUGCGUGAGUCCGAUGGGGCAGCCCUGCAGUGGAGUGAGGACGAGAGUUCAGGGCCGCCGUACCAUCGCGAGCGGAGGAACGCCAUCAGCUCCGAGGCGCCGUCAGACCGUGGCGUGACGGAGGAGCCUUCCACUUCCACAGAAGAGCGCUCCUCACACCUGAAGAAGGAGCUGCACAGUGCCCUGCCACACCUGCCCGACCAUGCCCUGCCGUACCGGGGCACGCUGUUCGCUAUGGACCCCCGCAACGGCUACCUGGACUCCCACUACUGCACGCUCAAAGCCCCUCGGCUCCACCUGCUCCACAAAGACCCAAACGACUGUGACACUAGUUUUGUGGCUCCGGUUUGGGUCGGCCUUCUUCCCCCUGUGCUUUCUGCCUCUUUCCGCCCGCUCCCACCCAGGCCUCGUCCAGACCCAGGCCUCGUCCAGACCCAGCCCUCGUCCAGACCCAGCCCUCGUCCAGACCCAGGCCUCGUCCAGACCCAGCCCUCGUCCAGACCCAGGCCUCGUCCAGACCCAGGCCUCGUCCAGACCCAGGCCUCGUCCAGACCCAGCCCUCGUCCAGACCCAGCCCUCGUCCAGACCCAGGCCUCGUCCAGACCCAGCCCUCGUCCAGACCCAGGCCUCGUCCAGACCCAGGCCUCGUAUCAGCGUCCGCCUCCUCUGUCGUCCUCUGAUGCUAUCGGGAUCGCGCCCUGA